UCACCCACCUGCAAGCAACCCUCCUGCCCUCGACCGGAUUCCGCUGAGCGUGGGAUAUUUCUUUUAUCCCCUGCGCGAAUCCCGCCAGACACAGCGCAAAUCCUCCCGCUGUAGCAGAAGGCGCGGAGCCAUACCUCCUAGCUGCCUACUAUGCCGCUGGCAGGAUCUGCCACUCGCUGCAUACCUCCUCGGCUAACGAACACCGCCUACUAAACGCGGCGAAGUCUGGAACACUCAGUAAGCUGCUACGACCUCCUACAUUCUACGCGCUACUGGCUUCUCUCGCGAAAAUUCAUGUGCAAGAAAUAAAAUUCGCGGAGAAUCAUGGCCCUUCAGUUCAUGCCGAUCGACAUACCGGCGAUCGCAAGAGAGCCCUCCGAGUUUCGCGCCGUCGAGCACGCCCCGAUGACCCCUGGCGGACGAUUCCCGCCGACCAGCCCCGCAUUCCCGCCCAAGUCAAGAUCCCGCGGCGGAAACUCCAAGGAGGCGGCGAAGAACCACCAAACUCCGCGAAGCAAGCCGAAAUUCGCGAAUCUUCAGCCACCAGCGAACGAAUUCUCGGAGGAAUGUGAGGAAGAUGUGAAGCCUGAAAUCAAAGACCUUCAAUGUCCGACGUUCAAUGUGACGAAUUGUCAAGCUGCUUUCACUCCGACCACUCCCCUCGCGUCGAACGGGACGGCAGUUAGUACACCCAGGAAAUGCGGCGGAAGAGGCGGCGCAAGAGGACGCGGAAAGGGGAAAGGCGCGGCGAGUUUCCCCCAGUCAAGCGGGGUGAGCGGGGUGGAGAGCGUGGGGACGGACAGCCGGAACGCGCAAGCGCCCGCGCCCGCGCAGGCGCGCGCGAUCUUUAUCCAGCCGCCCGCGCUUCAACCGCGCGUCUUACCGCCGUCGCUCAGCAUCCCGCCCCCCCCGCAGCUGUUCGCCGGUGGUUCCCCCCCAGCUGCUGUCGCAACUCCGCACCUCCAGGCGCCCAGCACCCCCCGUGCGGGGAUGAUCCGCCCGCUGUCCCAGCGCCUCCCCGCGUCCUCGACCGGCAACACCACCGCUACUUACGGCAGCGCGGGGAGCGGAGGGAGCGGAGGGAGCGCACGGAGCGGGGGGAGCGGCGCGGCAGCGGCGGAGGCAUUGAAGCGGAAGCGCCCGCGGUUCCACGAGGAUCAGCUCGCGCAUUUGGAGGCGCAUUUCGCGGUGGAGCAGGAGCUGACCCCCGCGAGCAAGAAGCAGCUGGCGGCGCGGCUCGGCGUGAAGCCGCGGCAGGUGUGCGUGUGGUUCCAGAACCGCAAGGUGCGGCAGCGGACGCGGGAGCGCGAGACGGAGCUGGAGGGGAUGCAGGAGGCUUACGCGAAGCUCCAGGCGCAGUGCAGGGAGCUGCAAGACGAUUACGAGCUGCUGAAAUCGGAUUACCAGGAGCUGCUGCUGCAAAACACGCAGCUCUUUGACAUGAUGUCUGACAUCGAGCAGCAGCUGGGAGCCAAUCAGCCGGAGGUUUCCGCAGGCGAUCGCCCCGUCACGUCGCGCUUAAACGAGCGCUUCGGAGGCGCAGUCACCCCGUGCGCCCAACCUGGCGGCUCGGACCAGUCGGACCGUGGGCAAUCGAACCACUCCGAGCCGGAAGUGGAAAUUCCGUCUGCCCGACUGCAGCAAUACGACAACCAGCAGCAGCAGCAGCAACAGCAUCAGGAGGCGGCGGCGGAGGAGGAGGACGACGACGGCGAAGAGGCAGAUGAGGAGGAAGAAGAAGAGGGGAUGGAAGCGCGUGGUUCAUUCCAAGAUCAGCAGGAAGGUUCUUUUCCGAAGGACGCUGGGAAAUUCUUCCCGGCCCACGGAUUGUACCCCGCACCAGCAGGGGCGGUUUCUAGUUUUACCCCCAGCCCACCUGUUAGCAGCAACUUUGCCAACGGUCAGGCCUGUCAGGUUACUCCGGCCAAGCCCCAUUCGUAUAUCAGCAGCUCGCCCGUUUCGUCCUUGGACGAGAUCGGCGGAGUGGGCGAGGCGGAAGCGGCUGCGCUUCCGCCGCUCACCCUCCCCCCGACCGCCUUCCCCGUUGCUGCUGCGCCUCCUCCGCCCGCAAUGCAGCCCGCUCCCGCCCUCGUCGAACCCCUCCCGACCCCUUUCGCCCAUGCUGGUAACCGCGUGGCGAAUCUGAACAAUAUCGCCACUGCAGACGACGGAUCUGAAGGUUUUGUCUCAUCACCGCAUCAGCAGCCUGCUGAGCCUGCUGAGCAGAGUCACGAAUUGUAUGACCUUUACAACCACGCUUCCGCUGGCAACGACGGCGAAAGCGGCGGCGGCGUUAGGAGCUACGCGGAUUUCAAUCGUACUGCAUGGACGGCUGGAGGUUUGGACGGGCAAGGAGGCUUGGACGGCUGGAUGGACGGCGAUGCGGCAAUGAUGCAGCAAUCUGCCGGCCUGCAGCCUGAGCCUCAGGUUGGUCUGACAGCCACGGCUCCGGCAUAUUUUGAGGCGCCUUAUAACGAGACAUCAGUGGAAGACGGUGCGGAGGAUGGGCAGAGUGAUUCUGAGGCUGCUGCUGCUGCCGCGCGGACUACCGCGGGGAAAGCGGCUCAUGGCGGCGAGUUUGCUACGUUUGCUCCCAGUUUGGGACUACAGGAGCAAGACUUACCUGCUGACGGAUUCUGUCUGUGGAAAGAGGGGCUGCCUCAAACGGGGAUGGAAAUCAUGGGGUCUGCUGAUGCGGAGCGGGAGGUGGAUGGGGAAUGCGCGGACGGGGACUGCGCGGGCGCAGCGGAGGAUAUGAGCGGAGGGGGCAUGAGAGGGAAUCAGGAGCUGUUCAAUCUGCUGGGAAGCAUGGAAGGUGCGAUGGGAGGAAUGGGAGCGAUGGGGUGCGCCGUGGAAGACGGCGUGAGCCACGCUGACGCAGAGGCUGCUGCUGCUGCUGACGACAUGGCCAUGUGCGGGUUUGACUUGCACGCAUUCACUGUUUUUUGAGGCGGCUUUCAUUCGCGCGUUUGGGGGCUUUGGGCUUUCUGCGCCUUUCUGCGGCUUUCUGCCGUUUUCUGCGGCUUUCUGCGCACUCUAUGGUUUGUAUUGUGCGGGGACUUUCCGCGCGCUUCUGCGGCUUACAAAAUGGGGGGAAAUGCGCGCUGCGCAUACGACUCGGACACCUUUUGCGCCGUUCACGGAGGUGGUGCGGCGACAAGAGGUGCGCUGAUUCUCUUGCGCUCUGCCCGUCCACCCCUCGCGGGAGAUGGUAUAGGGACGAAGCGACGAAUGCGCUGCUUGUCCACUAAUCAAGGAGAAGUCGCAGUGGGGGGCGGGGCGGUAUGAUCAAUUUCCCCGCAGCGGAGGCGCAAGCGGGCUGUAACCAGCAGUUCGUGGGGCGGGUGCCGGGCAGGCUGUGAGCAUGUCCACGAAUGUCGCGGUGUCGCGCGAAACAGGCGAAUUCCCUAAGGAUGCGAAUCAUGCGGCGAGGCGAGAUGGCUGGGGCGCAGAAAUAUCGUGCGACAGGUACACGAGAUCGCAGCUUUACAUUGCACGUGGACAGCCAUUAUUGGCUGACGGCUGAUCUGAACGGGGCUACGUUCUCACUCUAUCCAAAUCUGCCAGUGAAGCUUGUGUGACGUGGCGGGCCGCAGCGCACGAAUCAAAGGGAAGCGCGGGGUCUUCGAGGGAUGACGAAAACUACACAGCCCGUUACCAGGGCUGACGAUGAGAUUGACGACGGCAGUGACCAAGAUGCAAAGCGAAGCAAGGAACCCAUACUACCUAUCCAGCCCGCCAGGGAAGAAAAAAAGCCAAAACAAAACAAACUUACUUUGCCGGAUUUUCAGAGUUUGUUUCAAUAAACCUACCAUAAGUAGUAGACUACCACUACCACUCACUCAAUACUUAAUAUGGAUUGCUAUCUAUGGCUAGCUAUGAUCAUUGUGGUUUGCAAUGUGACCCUUUCAUUUCCCAAAGCCA